AAUUUCUAGUGGGUAAUGUUGUCCGCCAUGAAUUACGAAGAUUUUAGAGACCCGACAGAAACUGUCCGUUCCAGGCUGGAUGAUGAGGAGGAUUUGUCGGACGAUCAGUACAAUGCAAAUUUUGGAAAUGACAGAACUUUCCAUAGCAGUAAUCUUGACGAAACUCCUGAGAUAGCAAGCGAGGUAACAGUUGGAAAAGAUGUCGACAACAAGUACGAUCUAAAGAAGGAGCGGGCUCCAAGAUCGCCGAAAUCUAAGACUGAUGUGUACCAGCAAAUAAGCGCCACAAAGUGUAAUAUCCUCUCUAACCCUACCUGGACAAGCUGGGCUCGUCAGCAGAGGGGGAGAAGACGUAGUUCCAGUUCCCCUUCAGUCGGAGGGAGUGGGAGGAAGAAGUACAUCUGUGAAAAAUGUAACGACGUCUUUACAAGGUCGGCCGAGUUGCGGGUUCACAGGGACACCAUGCAUGCGGGAGAGAAGAAGUACAAGUGUAAAGAUUGUGGUAAACUGUUCAGUCAGAAGGGGAGUCUCAACCGGCAUAUGGCUCAGGUGCCACACGGUGAGUUUAAGUACCGAUGUCCGAGAUGUGGUCAGAUAUUUGUCUAUAAGGAGUACCUCAUGACGCACCUCAAGUUCAGUAUCCACUGCGUUAAAUCUCCCGUCUACGAAGAGCAGUGCAACUCUAACGUUAGUAGAACUACGAUGAUGCACUCCUCGACAUUCCUGAGCUCUUUAUCAGAGGGUGGGGAGUCCUCUUACAGUCCCACCUACAGGUCAGGUCCCCCUGGCCUCCGGCCCGGCUCCUACUCCAACACGUACCCUCGACAAAGAAUGUACAGCAAACUGCCACCCGGCCUCAGAAUACCUCCGCACAGUUAACUGCAGUGUUGCUUUGGUAACAACUAUCUGACAGAAAAGUUAAGCCAUGAUUUUGCUGGUGAAUUCAUUUCGGAGACUCCUAGCUGAAAGUUGAUCAUAAAACUCAGUUUGAACAUAGAUGGAUAAUUGAUGCCGUGAAGAUAAGACUGAACGUAGAUGUAAUGCGGAUUAUAAUUGCUCUGCAGUGUUUAAAUUUUAACUCUUUGAUUUCUGAAGUUGUAGUUUGUAACUGGGACCCUGUAAGUUUUUUGUUGUUUUGAGUUUGAAAGCGCCCCCACUGUGUGUUCUGUGUUAGAAUAGGCUCUCAUUUAAUUGGUGGCCUGCCAAUGUAAUGAGUUUAAUUGACGAACAUGCUGAAUUUGAUGUACAUAUUAUUAUUGUCUUAGCAUUAUUGCAGCCCGAAUUCUCUAUCAAUCACUGACUGAUAAGUUUAGUGUUGAGUAUCAUAAUAUGUAAUGAAGCACCAGUUUGGCCAAAAAACAGUUCGGCGCUUGAAAAAUUAAUAAUAGCGUUUGUUUUGCACUCAUAUUGCGCUUAUAAUAUAAUCGAUUUUACUUUGCGCUAGACUACUAUAUUUUCACCAUAUCUGAACUUGAGUGUUGCCAAGGGAUGCUUUUGCCUUUUGUGUAAAAAUGUUCGUACUGUCAGUGUUUUGACUGGGGUAAUCAAGAAUUUUAGUCACUUCUACACUGACAACUGUUACACUGCCCUAACUGUAACACUAACACUGUUACACUAAUAAGGUUGAACUGUAACGCUUAAAUGUUUUGGUAAAUCGACUGAUUCUGAUCAAGCUUUGGUAUUACUAUGUAAUUGUAAUAUUAGGUACAAUUAAUAACUUGAUUUCGUGCAUCUGCUGUAGCUAAAUUAUUGAAAAACUUCACUAUAGUUUAACUCAUAAGCAAUAACUGGUAUUUGGUAUCUAUAGUAAUUCAUAAGCAAUAUUACUGAUACUUGUUAACUAUAGUAACUCAAUAUCAGGCGACUCACUCAUUAGUAAUAAGAAUUAAUUUAAGUGGUUUAAAUUUUAAUGAAUUAAGCUUUAUUUCAAUUUUUCAUUCGGUUCAUUUGAUAUUGGUUCAUAUUGUGAGUUGAUAAAUAUGAGAGUAUUUUGGUUAUCUGACCACAAAUAGUAAGUCUAAUUUAGAAAUUUGAAGUGGUCAAUUUCCGUUAUAACUGAAUAUUAUCAAUUUAAUUAUAUUUUACUUAUCAUCGUUAA